GGCGCGCAGCCGCCGCUGGUGCUGACCGGCCGCGUCGGCGCCGUCACCACGAUCGCCAUCAACCGGCCGGAGAAGCGCAACUGCGUCAACGCGGCCACGGCCGCCCAGCUGGCGGCGGCGCUGCGCCGGUUCGAGACCGACGACAGCUCGCCAGUGGCCGUGCUGCACGGCAAGGGCGGCAACUUCUGCGCCGGCUACGACCUGGCUGAGGUGGCGGCGCGCGCGCCGGGCGACCCGCCGCCGCCCGCCGCGCCCAUGGGGCCGUCGCGCAUGCUGUGCUCGAAGCCAGUGGUGGCCGCCGUGGACGGGUACGCGGUGGCCGGCGGCCUGGAGCUGGCGCUGUGGUGUGACCUGCGCGUGGUCGAGGAGACGGCCGUGCUGGGCGUGUUCUGCCGGCGCUUCGGCGUGCCCCUGCUGGACGGCGGCAGCGUGCGGCUGCCGGCGCUGAUCGGCCUGUCUCGCGCGCUUGACAUGCUGCUGACGGGCCGGGCCGUCUCCGGCACCGAGGCGUUCCAGUGGGGGCUGGCCAACCGUGUGGUGGCGUGCGGCACCGCGCUCGGCCAGGCCGUCAACCUGGCCACCUCCGUCGCCAAGUUCCCGGCGGCGUGUCUGGCCGCCGACCGCCGCUCGGCCUACCACGCCGCCUUCGACGCGCGAUCGCUGGAGGAGGCGCUGCAGUUCGAGCACGAGCACGGCCUGCCCGUGCUGGAUCUGGAGGCUCGGCAAGGCGCGCAGCGGUUCGUCGACGGCGUCGGACGACACGGCAAGUUCACCAUUCACCCGGAGAAGAUGGACGAGUGGAAGAAGAGGUAGUGCACGCCGGCGCGCUGGGAUCUUUGCGCGAGGUCCGUGCUGGGAUGCGCGCGCCUCCGUGAUAGUCACUUUCCGUGAUUUGUUGCUGGUGGUGAUCAGCUGCCACUAGCAUGUCUGACAGGAAAGACAUUGUGCUGGGUAAAAUGUAUUAUAUCAAAAACAUGUGUAA